AUUCACCUGUUCCUCUUCAACAGAUUUAAUCAUGUACGGAUCCCGCAGAACUUUAUUCAUCGCCAUUCUUUUAAUGGGCUCCAUUUUCGCGUUAUUUUGUACUGAUGGGGAUUUUUGGCGUAAAACUUCACUACCGACAUUGAGAUUCUCAAAUUGCUGCCGUGACCCAGAGAUCCCAGACUUUCCCAAACCAAAUAUCGGGCCUUUUCGCAAUGAGAAUCCAACACCCUGUACCUGCCAAAACACUAUGCCAGCAAACCAGUUUGUGUCAAAAGAUGAGCUGGACGACCUGCAGAAACGCCGGGCAGAAGAGUUCAGACAACACCAGAUCAGAUCAGGAAAAGAAAAUGAUGUUCUUAUUCUCGUACCGGCCAACACCCCGCUCCAGUAUCCAAUGAGAGGAUUCAGAGUGACUCCCAUGAAUAAAACACUCAUUCCUGGUCUAGCUCUGCAAACACAAAAGAGAGCGGUUUACAAGGUUUCUCUAAGGGUGCAGAAAGGAGUGCUUUCAGUGAUGAAUGUCCAGGAAGGAGAGCAGGUGGACGGCCAGAAUGAGAAACAUCUGAGCAUCUCAUCCAGCAGCCUCCAACAGCUCAACGACCUGCUGAGCAGACUGACCUACACCAGCACCAUCUACCACAUCAAGACCGAAGACCUUGCAUACUUCUCUUUUGAGAAUCAUGAGGUCAUAUUCCCCAUUGAGAUCAGACGUUUAUCAGUUCCUGUUCUGUUUGACCUGGGAAAAGAUGUGAACUCUCAGGUGACUGUGCUAAUUAAAGCAUUUCUGCGAUACAAAGAACUAAACGUCCUCAUCAACAGUAUCCGUCAGAACUACCCAAAAAUAAAGAUCAUUGUUGCUGAUGACAGUCUGAACCCAGAGAAGGUGGUCGGUGACAAUAUAGAGCACUACAUAAUGCCCCCGGCACAGGGCUGGUUUGCAGGCAGAAAUCUGGCAGUGUCGCAGGUCACAACCAAAUACUUCCUGUGGGUGGAUGAUGACUUUGUGUUCCUCAAUGAGACGCGCAUUGAGAGCUUUGUGAACAUUAUGGAAGCCGUUCCUGAACUAGAUGUGGAAGGCGGCUGUAUCACGCGUGUCAGUCGUACCCAUGCACCCCUGCCGGGUUUCGAUGGCUGCUUCUUUGCAGAUGGAGUCGUCAACUACUUCCUGGGCCGGACGGAGGCUGUGCGGAGGGUCGGUUUUGACCCGUUCCUCAAAAGAGUGGCUCACACUGCAUUUUCACUUUCAAGGCAGAAAACUCACGUGGUGUGGAAAUUUGCCAUGCUGCAACUGCCCCGACACGAAGUCCAGGCCCUCCAGUAUCCCAUCACCCCCUGCGACUAUCCAAGCUGUCACGGCAGGCUGGGCCGCGGACGUCUGUGCCAGGGCGCGGCAGGACUGGAUACGGCUCCUCCUCCUCCUCCAAGCUGCCCGUAUGUGAAGCUUCUUGCCGUUAGCCGGAAGGAUGCUUCAGUGAGGACAGAAGCACAUUGCCAGCAGAUGGUACGGCUCACAUCCAGACCUGACCUGAGCUUUUAG